GGACCCCUGUGGAACGCGGAAGUGACUGCAGGAUGCGCGGAAGCCGUUGACUGACAUGUCGAAAGCAGCAGAUUCUUUGACGUUCUUAUUACUGACGGUUUUCUUCUGUUCCAUGAUUAGUACAGCAGAAUCUUUCUGCCAAACACUGAGUGUAAGGAGAGAGAUCCUGAAGAAUGGAUUCCACAGGGACCUGGUAACCAGAGUGAAGAUUCACAGUCCUGCAGAGCAGAUGGAUGGCUGCAGCAUAUUGCUUCGGGAGACUAUCCCAUCUGGACUCUUUCUGGAUCCCUAUCAGCUGUCCUCGCUGAGGCAGCACAAUCUAACCGAGGUCCUUUUGCUAAAUUCAGUGGAUUUGGAAGCUCCGGAGUAUCUGUCCACAGAAUCAAAUGCACUGGUGUAUACAAGACCAGACGAGACAUGUGAUGAUUGCUUCAUCUCCUCAGUGCCAAUCCAUGCUAGAUACCACCGCCCAUCAGCACAAGUCAGUGAAGUGUCCAUUGUUCUACACAAGCCGCAACUGCUCGUCCACUGCAGCAGAGACGAUCUUUUGAGAGGCUGCUUGGAUUACCCUUUAGUUGAAGCUCCCUGUGGACCUACUGAUGAAAUAAAAUGCCAGUGGAUCGAUAUGCCUUACACUCAGGUUAAAGAGAAACUCUCGCUCCAGGUGCCAGUGGGCAUGACCCAGCAUGGACCAGCAGUGUGUAUUAUUACGGUAGCAGUCACCCUGUUUUGCACUGGACUGAUACUGACAUCAGUGUACAAGCACAGAACGGUUUACAGCUAGUAUGUGACACUGUAUUCCCAGCUGGAAUAGAAUACCCACUUCUCUUGUAGAUUGUAAGCCCUCGAGGGCAAGGUCCCUUCUGCCUCUGUACCAGUCUGUCACUGUAUUAGUUUGUUCAUUGUACUUGUUUUUAUCGUAUGUUAUGCAGUGAAACCGUAUGAACCCCUAUCCUAUGGGUGCUGUCACACUGUUUUUUAGUGGGGGUUUUUUUGGAGUGGGGGGGGGGGGGAAUUGGUUUGUAAAAAUGCUAUAAAAUUCAUGCUGUUUUGUUACCAGUGUUUUUUUUGUUUGUUUUUUUUGUGGUGUUUUUGAGUCACAUUUUACUAGCUUUUUUUUCCAGACUUUUUUUUCCCCAUAGAGAAGUCUAGAGGGUGCGGUGAUUUUAAAAAUAUAUGCCCAGAGACGGAAA